AUGGACAAAACGCAGAAGCCCGAAGCCCCGAAGACCGAUGUGAUCAUUCUUGGGGGUGGACUAUCAGGUCUGAGCGCAGCCAAGCUGCUAAAGGAGUCGGGUUUGUCUGUGGUGGUGCUGGAAGCUCGGGAUCGGGUGGGGGGACGGACCUUCACCGUGACCGGUCCUAAAUUCAAGUAUGUUGACCUUGGAGGUGCAUAUAUUGGCCCAACCCAGAAUGGCAUCCUCAGACUUGCGAGAGAACUGGGGGUGAAGACUUACUUAGUGAAUGAAAAGGAACGUCUUGUCCAUUACAGGAAGGGUAAAACGUACCCCUUCCACGGAACUUUCCCACCCGCAUGGAACCCCCUUGUGUACCUGGACUAUAAUAACCUGUGGAGGACCAUUGACCGCAUGGGGAGGGAGAUCCCCGCUGAUGCACCAUGGUCCAGCCCACAUGCUGAGCAGUGGGACAACAUGACCAUGAGAGAUUUCAUUGACAAUGUCUGUUGGACAAGGGUGGCAAAGGACUUCGCCAGGCUGUUUGUCAAUGUGAACGUGACAUCAGAGCCUCAUGAGGUGUCGGCGCUGUGGUUUCUGUGGUACGUGAAGCAGUGUGGAGGAGUACGAAGGAUUUUUUCCACCUCGAAUGGGGGACAGGAGAGGAAGUUCGUGGGCGGGUCUGGGCAGAUCAGCGAACGAAUAGCAGAACAACUGAAGGGCAGGAUUAAGCUGAACCAGCCAGUAGUUCGGCUCUCUCAGAAUGAUCGGGAAGUUUCUGUAGAGACGAUAACUGGAGACAGAUAUCAGGGGGCGUACGCCAUCAGCGCAAUUCCUCCGGGGCUCACCAUGAACAUCCAUUACGAGCCAGAGCUGCCUCCAGUCAGGAACCAGCUGAUCCAGAGAGUGCCCAUGGGCUCCAUCAUCAAGUGCAUGAUGUACUACAGAUCAGCAUUUUGGCGGGAGAAAGGCUACUGCGGUACAAUGAUGAUUGAGGACGAGGACUCUCCCAUUUCUAUGACACUGGAUGACACCAAGCCCGAUGGGUCCUGUCCCUGCAUUAUGGGGUUUAUUUUGGCAAGGAAAGCCAGAGAGCUCAUUGAUCUGACCAGAGAUGAGAGGAAGCAGCGAAUCUGCCAGAUAUAUGCAAAAGUGCUGGGCACUCCAGAGGCUCUUCAGCCCGUGCACUAUGAGGAGAAGGACUGGUGUGGAGAGCAGUACUCUGGAGGCUGCUACACAGCCUAUUAUCCCCCGGGAACCUUUCGGCAAUUCAGCAGAGUCCUGAGAGAGCCAGUCGGCAGGCUGUUCUUCGCCGGCACAGAGACGGCCACAAAAUGGAGCGGGUACAUGGAUGGCGCGGUGCAGGCAGGAGAGAGGGCAGCCAGGGAGGUGCUGCAUGCCAUGGGCCGAAUUCCCGCCUCGGAAAUCUGGAAGCAGGACACUGAGUCGCAGGAAGUGCCGUCUCAACCAAUCACAGUCAGCUUCGCUGAGGAGUGGCUGCCUUCCGUCCCCGCUUUCCUGUCGAUGCUUGGAGUCUCCACUGUCCUAAUCACUGCUGUGGGAGUGGCCUUGCUUAAACCAAACAUGCGAGUGCAUCUCUUUCAGUGA